AUGCCCAGAAAGCACCCAUCUCAAUUGAAUUGUCCGCAAAGAUCUCAUCCGCGUUUUAGUGCCGAUGACGCAGAGGAGCGGACACGGGAGCGCCAACGCCAAAAUCGAGCCCGUCGAAGAGCAGUGAAGACAUCGAACGACGCGCUGGUUACUCCUGUGGAGGAUGAACGUUGGGCUGAGUCCCCUCACGUACUUUCGGAAGAGGAAGGCCCAGAGCAUCCCAAUGAGCGCAAAAUUAUCGCCUCCGACUUGGACCACGCGAGACGUGUGAGAUUUGCCCAUGACAAAGAUGAAGAUCCUCAAGUCACCCAUCGCCGUCGUCUUGAUGCUAUCCGAGCCAAAAAUUACCGAAAUCGCCGCAAGAAUGAGCAAUGCGUUGGUGCUAACACCAGCACGCGGUACACGCCUGCCAUUGGCCCCCCUUGCGCCGAACCUGCCUGUACAGAUCAGGUGAUUGAAGCAACUUAUCGCCGGCCCCACCGUCACCUCUACUUGAGGCUGUGA